CCAACUAGAAGAACGCCUAAACGGCAACAACAAACAUGGCGGCGGCUCCGCUCAGCUUCAUCUUGGAGAGGUGCUGGACGGAGGAGAAGGAGACGACGCUCAUUGCGUUUUUCUCCAAGAACAGCUUCCUGUGGAACCACAAGUCCGAAGGCUACAAGAACCGGGAGCUGCGAUGGAAAACGCUGGAGCGGCUCAGGGUCCAGCUCUCCUCCCAGCCUCCGCCGGUUCCUUUCACAGUGGAAGACAUCAAGAACAAGUUCAAGAACCUGCGUACGACCUUUCAGCGUCAGUACAAGAUGGUCCAAGCGAGCGGCGAGGGCCUCUUCAUCCCACAGUGGAAGCACUACCAGCAGCUGAUGUUCCUGCAGGCCUGCUGCAGUCAGGAGGACCCGGCCAACAACACGCCCCCUAUGGUUCCUAAGGAGGAGAACCAGUUCCCGCUCACCUCCCCUGCACUCCUCUCCUUCCUCCCCUCCCCGUCCUCCUCUUCAUCCUCAUGUGCCCCCUCCGGCGUCGUUGGGAGGUGUUUCUGGACAGAAGAAAAGGAACGCGAGCUGAUAUCCUUCUAUGCAGAACAUGGCUGCCUGUGGAACAGGAAGUCUGAGAAUCACAACAACCGUCAACUCAGACAGAACCUCUUGGAGUCGCUAAGGAAGCAGCUCUCAGACCAGCUGGUGUCUUUUUCUGUGGACGACAUAAAAUCCAAAUUCAAGAACCUUCGAACCGUUUUUAACCGGGAGUACAAGGCCGUCCAGGCCAACAGAGCCUCCGACAAACCCCACGUGUCCAAGUGGAAGCACUACCACCAGAUGCUCUUCCUCUGCGAGUCCUUCGAAGAAGACGAGUCUGCUGACGACCUGCAGAUCGUGAUGGUUCAGGAGGGAAGGGACCCGGAGCGUCCGGAUCACGGGAGCCAGACUUUAUCCACCGGCUCCUUCAGAACCAGCAGCGCUGCUGAUCAGAGUGAAAAUAAAACCUUCACCUGCUCUGCGUACCAAGUUCUCCUGGCUGCAGCUCCAGACCAGUUCAAACCAGUAGAUCACAAAGCUCCUCCCACUGUCCUCAGCUCACCGGACAGGAAGACCUGCAGGACCUGGGUCCAGGCCGGAGACAGGAUGACCUCAGAGCCUCGGUGCCUCUGGAGCGAAGCCAAAGUUCAGCAGCUCAUCUCCUUUUAUGCAGGUCGGUUUAAAAUCCACUUUAUUCAGGAGAAAAAAGGUUUAAACUGUUUAUGAGUUUAACCCAUUUGAUUGUGAUCAAACCAAA